ACCCGUGCGCAACGGCCGGCGUGAUGAUUCUGUGACUGUGCCCGUGCGUUAACCCCAAUCCCUGAUAGUGCAUAACUGGAUUUUUUAAACCAACGUGAGCGUGAAAAAAGAUCUACGAUGUUGAUAAGGUGUCGGGCGGCACUGUGUGCCGUCGCGCUCCUGUUCCUCGCCGCGCCAGCUACCUCGCAGGGCAACCUGUUCACAUGUCCAAAUGGUUGGGAAUUGAAAGGUCUACACUGUUACAAAUUCUUCAACAUCAGACAUUCCUGGGAGAAAGCGGCGGAAUUAUGUCGAAGAUAUGGAAGCGAGUUGAUAGUCAUAGACACAUAUUCAGAGAACAAUAUGACCGCAAGUAUUGUGCCAUCGAGCCCGAGCAACAGUCACUAUUGGCUCGGGCUCGCCACGGUAGAUGACCUCCGAACAAACACCCUAGAAUCGGCUGCUGGGGCUCUAGUAUCCCAGUACGCUGGCUUCUGGGACAUCCGACAACCGAAUCCCAAGGACGGGGAGUGUGUGGACGUACACAUCUCUUCCGAUAGUCAAUCUUGGGAAUUGACCACGUGCGAGAAACUAUUACCUUUCAUGUGUAAAGCGAACGCUUGUCCAGCUGGAACAUUCCACUGUUCAAACGGUAAAUGCAUAAACGCUGCCUUCAAAUGUGAUAAACAAGAUGAUUGUGGAGACGCAUCUGAUGAAAUGGACUGCGCAGCCGACUGCCACUUUUACAUGGCCAGUAGUGGGGAUGUCGUCGAGAGUCCCAACUAUCCUCACAAGUACCCGGCCUUCAGUGAAUGUAAAUGGACACUCGAAGGACCGCAAGGCCAAAACAUCGUCCUGCAAUUCCAAGAUUUCGAGACAGAAAAGUCUUUCGAUACCGUACAAGUAUUAGUCGGUGGACGUACAGAAGAUAAAUCAGUGAACUUGGCCACACUCUCAGGAAAACAAGACUUGUCUUCGAAAACGUACGUUUCCGCUUCAAACUUUAUGAUUAUCAAAUUCAGCUCCGAUGGAUCAGUAGAAAAGAAAGGAUUCCGUGCAUCAUGGAAAACUGAAUCAUCAAACUGUGGUGGUAUCCUCCGAGCCACUCCUCAAGGCCAAGUUUUAACGUCACCCGGCUACCCCAAUACCUAUCCAGGUGGCUUAGAAUGCAUGUACAUAAUAGAAGCACAGCCCGGAAGAAUCGUGUCCCUUGAAAUAGAAGACUUCGAUCUGGAAAUGAAUAGAGAUUACAUAGUAAUAAAGGACGGAAGCUCUCCAUCGAGUCCAGUCCUGGCUAGAUUAACGGGAUCUGGUGAAGAAAACCAAAAGGUUGUCAUUUCGACGACCAACAAUAUGUACAUGUACUUCCGAACUAGCCUCGGCGAUUCAAGAAAAGGCUUCAAUAUGAGAUACUCGCAGGGAUGCAGGGCCACAAUUGUUGCCUCAAACGGCACUAUAACAUCGCCGGCUUACGGCCUGUCAAAUUACCCAAAUAACCAAGAAUGCCUGUUCAGAAUUAAAAACCCGAACGGUGGACCACUUUCACUAAAAUUCGACGAGUUUAAUAUACAUAACUCAGAUGUUGUACAAGUUUUUGACGGAUCAAGUACAAAUGGACUGAGAUUACAUUCAGAUAACGGUUUCAUAGUGAAACCUAGGAUUACUCUUACGGCAUCUAGUGGAGAAAUGUUGAUCAGAUUUUUAUCAGACGCUCUUCACAACGACAUCGGCUGGAAAGCAACUUUCUCGGCAGAUUGUCCACCCUUGAAAUCAGGCAUCGGUGCUUUAGCAUCAAACCGAGAUACCGCUUUUGGCACCGUGAUCAAAUUUUCAUGCCCGAUUGGCCAAGAGUUCGCUACAGGAAAGGCGCGUAUAACCACAAAGUGUUUAGAUGGCGGAAAUUGGUCCACCACCUACAUUCCCAGCUGUCAAGAGGUUUACUGCGGGCCAGUACCACAAAUUGAUAACGGAUUUUCAAUUGGAUCGACAAAUGUUACGUAUCGAGGCGUAGCUACAUACCAAUGUUAUGCAGGAUUUGCUUUUCCAACUGGGCAGCCAAUCGAAAAAAUUUCAUGUUUAUCCGACGGGCGAUGGGAACGGACGCCGACGUGCCUUGCAUCUCAAUGUGUCGCUUUGCCUGACGUACCCCAUGCCAAUGUCACCAUUCUGAACGGCGGUGGUAGGAGUUACGGUACAAUCGUACGAUAUGAAUGUGAACCUGGCUACGUACGUUCCGGGCAACCUGUUCUCCUAUGUAUGAGCAACGGAACAUGGUCUGGGGAUGUGCCAACUUGUUCCAAAGCGUUAUGCCCCAUAUUCCCAGAAAUAAAGAACGGAUUCAUUGUCGACCAAACCAAAAUAUACAUGUAUGGGGAUGAGGCGAGAGUACAGUGUUACAAAGGGUUCAAGCUGAAUGGGCCGAGCAUAAUAAGAUGUGGAACUAACCAACAAUUUGACGCUACACCAGUAUGCGAAGACAUCAACGAAUGCUCUAGUAGCCAGUGCGAUUCAGUUUCUACAGAAUGUAAAAACACGCAAGGUGGUUUCUUCUGUCCAUGCCGAUCUGGCUUUGCUCAAAACAUGGAUUGCCGACCAGUUGGUGAUCUAGGGCUAAUAAAUGGUGCUAUUCCCGAUGAAUCUAUUACGACGUCUGCCUCCGAACCUGGAUAUUACAAAGGGAUGAUCCGAUUGAAUAAUGGAGGAGGCUGGUGUGGUAAUAACUUAGAAGCAGGCGCAAAUUGGGUUCUAAUCGAUUUAAGAGCACCCACCAUAAUCAGAGGUUUCCGCACAAUGAGCGUAAUGAGAGCAGACGGCAAUAUUGCCUUUACGUCGGCUAUCAGGAUUCAAUACACUAACGACCUAGCUGAUUUAUUUAAAGAUUACACAAAUCCUGAUGGAACAGCAGUAGAAUUCAGAAUAUUGGAACCUACUCUAUCAGUCCUCAAUUUGCCGAUGCCAAUUGAAGCUCAGUAUGUCAAAUUUAAAAUCCAAGACUAUGUUGGUGCACCUUGUUUGAAGCUUGAAGUUAUGGGUUGUGCUCGACUCGACUGUUUGGAUAUAAAUGAGUGUAAUGAAAAUAAUGGUGGAUGUGACCAAAAAUGUUUGAAUACUCCUGGAAACUUCACGUGUGCUUGUAAUAUUGGAUAUGAACUCUACUCAUACAACGGAACGGCCGGUUUCUCUAUUGAGACUUCUGAAACUGGUGAAAGAGACGGUGACACUUACCAAAGAAAUAAGUCCUGUGUACCUGUUAUGUGCCCACCUUUGUCUGCACCCGAGAAUGGAUUACUGUUAUCUACUAAAGCGCAAUAUCAUUUUGGAGACAUAGUAGAUUUCCAAUGUGACUUUGGUUAUGUAAUGUCAGGAUUUUCUUCCUUGCUUUGUACGUCAAGCGGAACAUGGAACGGAACAGCUCCUGAAUGUCAAUAUGCUCGUUGUGUUACUUUAUCGGACGACAAAAACGAUGGACUUGAAAUCAUUAGGAACGACCCUGAAAGCGUUUUAGUACCAUACAGGGAAAAUGUCACUAUAACUUGUACAUCUCCAGGCAGAUAUUUAAGGAAUACUGCGACAUCAUCCUUCAGGCAAUGUGUUUACGAUCCAAAACCGGGUCUACCAGAUUAUUGGCUCUCAGGCGCACAGCCCCAGUGUCCACGCCAAGAUUGUGGUGUCCCCAUGCCAACACCCGGUGCCGAAUAUGGUCAAUACUUGGACACACGUUAUCAGAGCUCAUUCUUCUUCGGAUGUCAAAAUACAUUCAAAUUGGCCGGACAAACCAGCAAACACGAUAACGUUGUGAGAUGUCAAGCCAGCGGUAUUUGGGACUUUGGUGACUUGAGAUGCGAAGGUCCAGUCUGUGAAGAUCCUGGCCGUCCAGCUGAUGGUUAUCAAAUCGCAAGAAGCUACGAACAAGGCUCAGAAGUAUUAUUCGGCUGUUCAAGACCAGGAUACAUUCUUAUCAAUCCACGCCCUAUCACUUGUAUGCGCGAACCAGAAUGCAAAGUCAUUAAGCCCCUAGGCUUAGCGUCUGGCAGAAUCCCCGAUUCUGCUAUCAAUGCAACAUCGGAGCGACCGAACUAUGAAGCUAAAAAUAUUAGAUUAAAUUCAGUAACUGGUUGGUGUGGAAAACAAGAGGCGUUCACAUACGUCAGUGUCGAUUUAGGAAAAGUGCAUAGAGUAAAGGCUAUUUUAGUGAAAGGUGUAGUUACAUCAGACAUUGUAGGCAGGCCAACUGAAAUAAGAUUUUUCUACAAGCAAGCCGAAAAUGAAAAUUAUGUGGUAUACUUCCCUAAUUUCAAUCUAACUAUGAGAGAUCCGGGUAAUUAUGGUGAGCUUGCAAUGAUCACCUUGCCUAAGUACGUCCAAGCAAGAUUUGUUAUCCUUGGUAUUGUGAGCUUCAUGGAUAACGCAUGCCUCAAAUUCGAACUUAUGGGAUGCGAUGAACCAUCUGUUGAACCUCUGUUAGGUUACGACUAUGGAUAUUCUCCAUGUGUUGACAAUGAACCGCCUGUCUUCCAAAAUUGCCCUCAGCAUCCAAUUGUUGUACAAACUGAUGUGAAUGGUGGACUAUUGCCCGUAAAUUUCACUGAACCAACUGCUACGGAUAACUCCGGAGCUAUCGCCAGAUUAGAAGUCACUCCGCAACACUUCAGAACACCAAUACAAGUUUUCCAUAACAUGGUUGUAAGAUACGUAGCGUUUGACUUUGACGGAAAUGUUGCUAUUUGCGAAGUUAAUAUUACCGUGCCAGAUUACACGCCUCCUAAACUAAGCUGCCCACAAAGUUAUGUAAUUGAGUUGGUAGAUAAACAAGACAGCUAUGCAGUUAACUUUAAUGAAACAAGAAGAAGGAUAAACGCCACCGAUGCAUCUGGAGAAGUGUUCCUCAAAUUUAUUCCAGAAAGGGCAGUAAUACCUAUUCGUGGCUAUGAAAAUGUUACCGUUGUUGCUUCUGAUAAAUAUGGCAAUAAGGCCCAAUGCUACUUUCAGGUAUCAGUACAAGCCACUCCAUGCGUCGAUUGGGAACUCCAGCCUCCAACUCACGGAGCCAUUAAUUGCUUACCCGGAGAUAGAGGCAUUCAAUGUAUUGCCACAUGUAGCCCUGGCUACAGAUUCACUGAUGGGGAGCCAGUAAAAACUUUUGUAUGCGAAUCAAAACGCCAAUGGAUGCCUACUGCUGUCGUACCUGAUUGUGUAUCUGAAAAUACUCAACAAGCGUCCUACCAUGUUGUCGCCAGUGUUCAAUAUCGCGCUCUUGGAGCUGUAUCCAGUGCUUGCUUACCUCAAUACAAAGAUCUCCUAGCUCAGUAUGAUGGAGUCUUAAACGAAAGAUUAUCGCAACGUUGUUCUGCUGUCAAUGUAAACAUUAACGUAACAUUCAUCAAAGUAAUGCCAAACCUUCUUGAUGAAAAUGUUGUUAAAAUGGACUUCGUUCUUGCAAUUACUCCAGCCAUUAGACAGACUCAACUGUACGACCUUUGCGGCUCCACUUUGAACCUCAUAUUUGACUUGUCAGUGCCGUAUGCAAGUGCACUUAUUGAGCCUAUUCUUAACGUUUCAUCUAUUGGAAAUCAAUGUCCGCCACUGCGUGCUAUCAGAAGUUCUAUAUCUCGAGGAUUUACUUGUAGCAUUGGAGAGGUAUUAAAUAUGGACACCAACGAUGUUCCAAGAUGCUUGCAUUGUCCAGCCGGUACUUAUGCUGGGGAAAAACAAAAGACUUGUACCAUGUGUCCACGUGGAUUCUUCCAAAACCAAGCUCGUCAAGGAUCAUGCUUGAGAUGUCCUCAAGGCACAUUUACGAAAGAAGAAGGAACAAAGGAUCUAUCUGAGUGUGUACCAGUUUGUGGUUAUGGAACUUAUUCACCCACAGGACUUGUACCAUGCUUAGAGUGCCCAAGAAAUAGUUUCACUGGUGAACCACCUCUUGGAGGAUUUAAGGACUGUCAGGCAUGUCCAGUAAAUACGUACACAUAUCAACCAGCUGCUUCUGGAAAAGACAAAUGUAGAGCUAAGUGUGCACCUGGAACAUACUCACCUACAGGCUUAGCACCCUGCUCUCAAUGUCCUAAAAACUUCUACCAAAACGCGAUCGGUCAAACACUGUGUAUGGAAUGUCCAACUAAUAUGAAAACAGUAGGAACUGGUACAACUGGAUUGGAAGAAUGUAUUCCAGUUGAAUGUUCCAACAGUGCUUGCCAACACGGUGGUCUUUGCGUACCAAAGGGACAUGGUGUCCAAUGUUACUGUCCUGCUGGAUUCUCUGGACGUCGCUGUGAAAUUGACAUAGACGAAUGUUCAAGUCAACCUUGCUACAACGGCGGAACAUGUAUCGAUAUGCCACAAGGGUACAGGUGCUCUUGUCCAACAGGCUAUGGAGGUAUAAAUUGUCAAGAAGAAAGGUCCGACUGUAGAAAUGACACCUGCCCAGAACGCGCUAUGUGCAAGGAUGAGCCAGGAUAUAACAACUUUACCUGCUUAUGCAGAUCUGGAUACACUGGACUUGAUUGUGACAUAACUAUUGAUCCCUGCACUGCAAAUGGAAACCCUUGCAAGAACGGAGCUUCAUGCACAGCUUUACAACAAGGCCGUUACAAAUGCGAAUGUCUACCUGGAUGGGAAGGCCAACUUUGCGAAAUUAACACUGAUGACUGUAUUGAAAAGCCAUGUCUGCUCGGCGCUGCUUGUACCGAUUUAGUAAACGAUUUCAUUUGUGCUUGUCCACCUGGAUUCACCGGCAAGAGAUGUCAUGAAAAGAUAGAUCUGUGUGCUAACGAACCUUGCAGACACGGAAUAUGUGUCGACAAACUGCACUCGCAUCAAUGUGUAUGUGAUCCUGGUUGGUCUGGACCUUCGUGUGAUAUCAAUAUCAAUGAGUGUAUCAUAUCCCCAUGUGAAAACGGAGGACGAUGCGUGGACGGUAUUGAUGAUUUCACUUGUGUUUGCGAAGCCGGAUACACAGGAAAACGCUGCCAACAUACCAUUGACGAUUGUGCAUCUGAUCCUUGUCAAAAUGGCGCUUCAUGUAUUGACCAAAUAGACGGAUUUGUAUGCAAGUGUCGCCCGGGUUUCAUAGGUCAACAAUGUGAAUCUGCUAUAGAUGAAUGUUUGAACGAGCCUUGUAAUCCGGCUGGUACUGAAAGGUGCAUUGAUCUUGACAACAAAUUCAAAUGUGUCUGCCGAGAAGGUUUUACUGGAGAAAUGUGUGAAACAAACAUCGAUGACUGUGCAUCUGAUCCUUGUUAUAACGGCGGUUCUUGUAAGGACGAAAUCGACAACUACAAAUGUAUCUGUCAACCUGGAUGGACUGGACACAGGUGCGAACAUGAUAUCGGCAACUGUGAGAACUUACCAUGCCAAAACCAUGCCAAGUGUAUCGACCUCUUCCAAGACUUUUUCUGUGUGUGUCCAAGUGGAACAGAUGGCAAACAAUGUGAAACCGCGCCAGAAAGAUGUAUUGGCAGUCCUUGUAUGCACGGCGGUAAAUGUCAGGACUUUGGCUCUGGAUUAAACUGUACUUGUUCUAUGGACUACACCGGCAUUGGUUGCCAGUACGAAUUUGAUGCUUGUGAGGCUGGAUUAUGUCAGAACGGUGCCACAUGCAUCGAUGACGGAGAAGGUUACUCUUGCAUCUGUGCGCCUGGAUUCAAAGGAAAGAACUGCGAUGAAGAUAUUGUUGACUGCAAAGAAAAUUCGUGUCCUCCAUCUGCCACUUGCAUUGAUCUGCCUGGUAGAUUCUACUGUCAAUGUCCGUUCAACAUGACCGGUGAUGACUGCAGAAAAUCGAUUAGCGUAGAUUAUGACCUCUACUUCAGCGACCCACUGCGUUCAAGUGCAGCUCAAGUGGUGCCAUUUGAUACCGGUUCUACUGGAAGCCUAACAAUCGCCUUAUGGGUCCAAUACACUCAACAGGAUGAAGGUGGAAUUUUCUUUACAGCAUACAGCGUUAGCAACUCUCAUAUUGCACUAAAUAGAAGAAGCAUUAUCCAAGCUCACUCGAACGGAGUACAAGUAUCGUUGUUCCCAGAACUUCAAGACGUAUAUCUAAGCUUUGGAGAGUUCGCUACAAUUAAUGAUGGACAAUGGCACCACGUCGCACUGGUUUGGGACGGUAAUAAAGGCGGUGAACUGACUCUUAUUACUGAAGGACUUAUUGCUAGCAAAUUGAAGGGAUAUGGCAGCGGAAAGACAUUACCGAAAUAUGUUUGGGUAACCCUCGGCAAGCCUCAGUCGGAUAACUCGAAAACCUACACCGAAUCUGGCUUCCAAGGACAUUUGACUAAAGUUCAAAUAUGGAAUCGCGCUUUGGACGUUACAAAUGAGAUCCAAAAACAAGUUCGCGACUGUAGAACCGAGCCAGUACUUUACAGUGGCCUAGUUCUCACUUGGGCCGGCUAUGAAGACAUUUUGGGUGGCGUGGAAAGAAUCGUGCCGUCACAUUGCGGCCAGAGAAUAUGUCCCAAUGGUUAUGGCGGUCCGAAAUGCCAACAACUUCAAGUUGACAAGGAGCCACCGAGAGUUGACCGUUGCCCUGGAGACUUGUGGGUUAUCGCUAAGAACGGAUCAUCGAUCGUUAGCUGGGAUGUACCUGCCUUCAGUGAUAAUGUAGGAGUCACCAAAGUUGUCGAAAAAUCUGGACACAAACCUGGACAGAACCUUGCCUGGGGAGCUUAUGAAAUCGCGUAUGUCGCGUACGAUGGCGCUGGUAACGCGGCUACUUGUACAUUCAAGGUCACAGUUUUAGCUGAAUUCUGCCCUACUCUUCCUGAUCCACUCGGAGGCUACCAAUCAUGUCGCGACUGGGGCGCGGGAGGCCAGUUCAAAGUGUGUGAAAUAGCCUGUCGCGAUGGCCUCAGGUUCUCGCAACCAGUGCCACCGUUCUACACUUGCGGCGCUGAAGGUUUCUGGAGACCAACAAACGAACCAACUCUACCACUCGUAUACCCUGCUUGCUCGCCUGCUUCGCCGGCUCAACGCGUCUUCAAAAUCUCAAUGAACUUCCCAAGCUCCGUACUGUGCAACGAUGCUGGACAAGCUGUGCUCAGACAGAAAGUACGAAGUGCUAUCAACCAGCUCAACAGAGAUUGGAACUUCUGCUCUUACGCUGUCGAUGGUACACGGGAGUGCAAGGAAUUGGAUAUCAAUGUGAAAUGUGACCACCGUUCCAACCUUCGUCAAACAAGACAAGUAUCCAGUCCUCCAACUACCAACGCCGAAGACACAUACGUCCUAGACGCCAUCAUUCCAGUAGAAGAGACCCGAAGCAGUAGAGAAGGACGUCAAGCGGGCGAUCAGUAUAACAUCGAAAUCUCGUUCCCGGCGGUUAACGACCCAGUUAUCCACGGAAGCAACAACGAGCGUUCUAGUGUCAAACGAUUGCUCGAAAAACUCAUCCUCGAAGACGAACAAUUCGACGUACGAAACAUCCUGCCGAACACAGUGCCCGACCCGGCCAGUCUCAAGCUCGAAUCGGACUACGCCUGUCCGAUGGGACAAGUGGUCGUCGCGCCUGAUUGUGUGGCUUGCUCCGUCGGUACAUACCUGGAUUCUGCCAGCGACACCUGCCAGCCGUGCCCCGCUGGCACAUACCAGUCUGAGGCCGGCCAGCUGCAGUGCACCUCCUGUCCCAGCAUCGCUGGACAGCCGGGAGUCACUCAAACUACUGGCGCGAGGAGUGCCGCUGAUUGUAAAGAAAAAUGCGCUGCCGGCAAAUAUUACGACGCCGAAGCGGAGCUCUGCAGGCCUUGCGGUCACGGAUCCUACCAGCCUAGAGAGGGAGCAUUCACCUGUAUCGCCUGUCCAAGAGGUCAAACCACCAGAGCCACAGAAGCAGUGUCUGCUGCGGAGUGCAGAGAUGACUGUCCUUCAGGUGAACAGCUGUCCAGCUCAGGUGGCUGCGAGCCGUGUCCGCGCGGCACGUGGCGCGCUAACGGCGCGGGGGCGGCGUGUGCGUCCUGUCCGCCCGGUACCACCACCCCGCAGCCCGGCGCCGCCUCCCCCGACCAGUGCUCACUGCCAGUGUGCUCGCCAGGAUCCUACCUCAACGUGACACUCAACACCUGCAUCCAGUGUAAGAAGGGCACCUACCAGUCGGAGACGCAACAGACGAUGUGCAUCCCCUGCCCUAUCAACACCAGCACGAGAGGAGCUGGGGCUACAUCAGAAGCGGAAUGCACCAACCCGUGCGAGAUGAGCGGCCCCGACAUGCACUGCGACACCAACGCCUACUGCCUGCUCAUCCCCGAGACCGGCGAGUUCAAGUGCCAGUGCAAGCCCGGCUUCAACGGCACCGGCAAAGUGUGUUUUGACGUCUGCCUGGACUUCUGUGACAACGGCGGCGAGUGUGUGAAGGACGCGCGAGGCGAGCCCACCUGCCGCUGCGCCGGCUCCUUCACCGGCCGCCAGUGCCGCGACAAGAGCGAGUUCGCAUACAUAGCCAGCGGGGUGGCAGGAGGAGUCAUAUUCAUUAUCUUCCUCGUGCUGCUUGUAUGGAUGAUCUGUGCUAGGUCGUCGAAGAAGAGGGAACCAAAGAAGACUCUGACGCCGGCGAUCGAUCAGAACGGGUCGCAAGUGAACUUCUACUAUGGAGCUCAUACGCCGUACGCGGAAUCCAUCGCCCCGUCUCAUCAUUCCACCUACGCCCACUAUUAUGAUGAUGAGGAGGACGGCUGGGAGAUGCCCAACUUCUACAACGAAACGUACAUGAAGGAGAGCCUCCAUAAUGGCAUGAACGGCAAAAUGAACAGCCUGGCCCGGUCUAACGCCAGCAUUUACGGGACCAAAGAAGAUUUGUAUGACAGAUUAAAAAGACACGCGUACCCUGGUAAGAAAGAUAAGAGUGACAGCGAUAGCGAAGGUCAUUAAUGACUGAAGAACUGCGUUCUGUCGUAUUCUGGUCAACUUACUUAAUACUGAUUACUGUCGUAGUUAUAGUCCGUCCAUAGUUAUAUUACCUCGGAGUUUUUAAAAUAGAACCUUUCGCCAUUGGCAUAAAGGUCAGGAGUAAAAUAACUCUGGACGAAUCUCGGUCGGGUCUUCUGUUCAAUAUACCAAUGGAUCUAAAAUUUUACAUCGACGCGCCCGGCCGAGACGUAGAGUUCAUAGGAAUUUGUACUCCGCUAGCUUUAUUAUUAGGUUUAGUUUGUAUUAACACAUUCACUGUUUACACCCGAAAACUUUACCCCAUGAUGUGGCAAGUUCAUUACAGAUCAUGGGUAACUCAAAUUGCAAUUUAAUUUGUUACAUCGCUUCAGAGAACAGUGAGUGUGUUGAUGUUCGAACAUCGAUGCUCAAAAUACGAGCAAAAUGCUCAUGAUUUGAGCAUAUUGCUCAAACUUUAAGCAUAUUGCUCGUGUUGCGAGCAUAUUGCUCAAAAUACGAGCAAGAUGCUCAUGACUUGAGCACAUUGCUCGUUUUGCGGACGUUUUGCUCAAAAUAUGAGCAAAAUGCUCAUAAUUCGAGCAUAUUUAUAUUGCUCGUGUUGCGAGCAUAUUGCCCAACAUACGAGCAAGAUGCUCGUGACUUGAGCACAUUACUCGUGUUGCGGACGUUUUGAUCAAAAUAUGAGCAAAAUGCUCAUGAUUCGAGCAUAUUGCUUGCGUCGCGGGCAUACUGCUCAAACUUCGAGCAUAGUGCUCGUUUCUCAAAGGCGAAUGCCAUAUGUAGAGGCGGACUGAGUGCUACAGCUAAUUUCACAUUUAAUUUUUACUGAGUAGACGACUAUUUUCUUACUUAACAACAAAAAGUUGAGUUAAUGGCAUCGUAUAAGUAGUAGCAACUAGUUUUAUAGUAUUUAAAAAAUUCAAGUAUUUAGCCCGAAAAAAAUUCAGAGCCACACUUAACAUCUUUGAUUUUUCAGACAUACGCAUAUUAUUCAGUUUCUUCCUUGCUGAGGAAUCACAUAAAACAGCUUGGUAUUAUAAGACAAUAUGCUGAUCCCAAAUAUUUAAAUAUAAUAAUAAAUAUAUUAUAGGUAUAGAUAGUACGUAACUCCGCCUCUAAGAGUCACAUUCCAUACACUUUAUUGAGUUUAUUGUAAAUAAAAUAUUUUGUAUAUUUAUGUAUACGCUCGUCGUUCUAGUUUAAUUUUACACAUCAUUAACUAUUUAGGUGAUUAAGAUACUAAAACAGUUGUGUUAAUAUUUUAAGUGUUUAUUUUUGUAUUAUAAAUGGACUGUACUUAUUGUAUUUUAAUAUUGCGUGAAUGGUGUAUGUACAUGGUUUUAUUACAUAAUGUAAAUUACAUAAUUUUAAUGAUUUUUUUACUCUCAAAUGUAAUUUUAAUGUCAAUACUCAUAAUCGAAAAUGUAUGAAUAUAUACCACGUAAAUGUGUGGCGUUGGUCUCGUUUUAAAUAUUUUCUAUCUCUUUCAUUUCAAUUAAAUUAGAUAAGGCCAGACAGAAAUAGGGAUGUGCAACAUUUUUAAUGCUUUUAUCGAUGUAUGACAGUUUUUAAUAAAAUAAUUGACAUCACAUAUUAUAGCAACGCCACACUAAUUACAAGUAAGUUUUACAAGAAAUAAAUUAAUGUUACAUAAUA